AUGAGUAAUUAAUAAAAUAAUAAUCUCCAUCCUCUUUAUAUAGAACAAUAAUAAUGGCUAGCUUAAUUUAAAUAACCUCACCCUUAAAAUUUUUAAUAUUAACAAUCUCAAUAAUAAUAAUAACAAUCGUAUGGCACUCCACAUUUUGCAUAACUUUAAAGCAUGGGGUUUUGUGAUCAUAAGAAAAAUUAUAGAUUGCUAAAGCGAUACAAUUGGAAUGUUGAUCAAGUUGUCUAAUCAUUAAAUGAUUAAAAUCAAGCAAGAUAGCAAUAUAUCGAAUUGAAUAUCAUUUAAAUCAUAUCCAAUACAAAAAUAUUAUACAUUGAUUGUAAUAAUAUUAAGUAUGCUUGUCAUUAAUGGAAUCAAUUUAGAGGCUAACCUAAAAAGCAAAUCAAAAAUGUAUUAAAAAUCAUAUUGGUUUGGAUUUAAAUGACUGAAUAAUAAUUAGAUGAAGUUCAUUUAAUAUGGGAUGUUUACAAAAUGAAUAAAAUUGAAAAAAUAAGAUAAAAAUUAUCUAAAUAUGAACCUUUCAAAUAUUUUCAUGAAUUAAGAUAGUAAGAUAAAAUAACAACAUUUAAAAUUCUAAAUAAUUAAAAAUUUAUAAAUUUUAGCAUUUAGUCAGCAUAUCCAGAAAUAGCUGAUGAUUUAAUAGUUAAAUUAUGUAUUGGUUAAAAUAAUAACUAAACCUCAGUUGUCACAAGUGAUAAAGGUUUGAGGACAAGACUAUAAGAGAUAGGAGUAACAUAAUUUAUUGGUAAUGGUAGAUGGUGGAAAUUAAAAGAAGAAUUGA